AUUGUACAGCGCGGAGUUGGUGUGUUUGGUGGAAUUUCUGCUGUGGGCGAUUGGGCCUCGGUCUAGUCGGCGAUCGACCGCCUGGCUUUUGGUGCUGGUUCCCCGGGCCAGUUGUGUCCCUGUUUCGGUGCUCGGCAGCCGGUUGUCGCCAUGUUGCUCACCGUUUACUGCGUUCGGCGCGAUUUGAGCGAGAUCACCUUCACCCUGCAGGUGAAUGGCGGCAUGCAGUUGGAGACUUUUCGGGCUCUCUGUGAAAUGGAGAGCAGUAUCCCUGCGGCUGAGAGCCAGAUAAUCUUUGCAGAGAGGCCAUUGACUGAUGAUCGGCUGACUCUGACAGCAUAUGGAUUGAAGGAUGGUGAUGUACUGGUAUUGCGACAGUUGGAAAGACCUCCGGUGCAAUCUAGUCUACCACUCCCAGGUGUAUCAGGACUUCCCAGGAUUGAUUUCAGUGGUAUCUCAGUGCCUGGGUCAGUGGGACACAGAAUGCCUGCGUCUGGAGUAGCGAAUCAGCAGCCACCAAAGCCACCUUCCAGUAGCUCUACUUCUCCACCCCCUGUUCCAGCUCCACACAGUUUGGAAAAUAAUCCCACUUUGUUGCGGGACAUGCUUUUGGCCAAUCCACACGAGCUAUCGCUAUUGAAGGAACGGAAUCCUCCUUUAGCUGAGGCGCUUCUUAGCGGAGAUCUUGAUAAGUUUACAAGAGUGCUACGAGAACAGCAAUUGGAACGAGCACGGCGAGAACAGGAGAGGAUCCGACUUCUGAAUGCUGAUCCCUUUGACCUGGAGGCACAAGCCAAAAUUGAAGAAGACAUCAGACAGCAGAACAUUGAGGAGAACAUGACAAUUGCAAUGGAAGAAUCGCCAGAGAGCUUUGGUCAGGUGGUAAUGCUCUACAUUAAUUGCAAGGUUAAUGGCAUGCCAGUCAAAGCAUUUGUAGAUUCAGGAGCACAGAUGACAAUCAUGAGCCAAGCAUGUGCUGAGAGGUGCAACAUCAUGCGCUUGGUUGACAGGCGGUGGGCAGGAAUUGCUAAAGGUGUUGGAACACAAAAAAUCAUUGGCAGAGUUCACUUGGCCCAGGUACAGAUUGAAGGUGAUUUCCUCCCCUGCUCUUUCUCCCUCCUGGAAGACCAGCCAAUGGAUAUGUUGCUUGGACUCGAUAUGCUCAAAAGGCACCAGUGUUCAAUUGACCUGAAACGCAAUGUGCUAGUUAUUGGCACGACAGGAACAGAGACGCGCUUCUUAUCUGAAGCAGAGCUGCCAGAGUGUGCCAGGUUGGCAUAUGGUGUUCCACGAGAUGAUCUUCGCCCUGAGGAGCUGGCAGACGCAGAGCUGGCUGAGGCACUACACCGAUCGGCAGAGGAAUCUGGACGCCGGCAUCACUGAUGCAUGUUGCACUUUUGCUGUCCAUGAAGAUGAUCAUAGCCCAGGAAAAGAAAAUGGCAAAACUACCUCAUUGGAAAGCCCUUCAUUACCAGCACCUCAUCAUCUUCCUCUCCCACUUCCCAUUACAAGAA